AUUUUGACCUUCCUUCCGGUUGGCUCCCGCCCCACGUAGCCAUUUUGCGUUUCCUGGACAAAAAAAGGGGGUUAGGUAGAAAGACAAUCAGACACAUAAUUAAAUCAGUCUUCAAAUCAUACCGAGAAUCAAAAGUGCGGAUGUAACUGUGCAAUAUGAUAGGCGCGGGAGCGGGCGAGCAGGUACACCAGCCGCGGCCCGUAUUCAAAGAAGAAACCUUUGGCUAGCUGGCUAACGAUUCGUUAGCGAAAGAGUGAGAUAAAGACUUCAUAGACACUAAAGUGUUGUACGACAUUCAUAAUUAUCAUAUUAUACUCUUAAGUACGCUAGAAGGCGGACGUUGGUAGAAAUAUGGACCUUGUGUUGAUUUGAAACGUCGCAGCGGACAAAAACAGCAAACGCCACGGUUAUUUGCGGAGGAAGCCGGAUAACUGUUUAUUCACAGGGAAUAAAGAACAGGAUCGCAGCACACCACGGAGCCAGUCAUGCCUGCCAGUGUGCGUACUGGGACCCCAAAGGACUCAGAGGUGUCUGAGCUCUUCUACAGGGAUGAUCCUGAGAAGCUGUUCACUGAUCUCCGCGAGAUCGGUCAUGGCAGCUUUGGAGCCGUGUACUUUGCUCAUGAUGUACGUUCCAACGAAGUGGUGGCCAUCAAGAAGAUGUCGUUCAGUGGCAAGCAGUCUAACGAGAAAUGGCAGGACAUCAUAAAGGAGGUGAAGUUCUUGCAGAAGCUCAGACACCCCAAUACUGUCGAAUACAAAGGGUGCUACCUCAGAGAGCACACAGCAUGGCUGGUGAUGGAAUACUGUCUAGGAUCAGCCUCUGAUCUUUUAGAGGUGCAUAAAAAGCCUCUGCAGGAGGUGGAAAUAGCUGCUAUUACCCACGGUGCACUUCAGGGCCUCGCCUACCUUCACUCUCAUAACAUGAUACACAGAGAUGUGAAGGCAGGUAAUAUUCUGCUAACUGAGCCGGGUCAGGUGAAGCUUGGAGAUUUUGGCUCUGCCUCAAUUGUUUCUCCUGCCAACUCUUUUGUGGGUACACCUUACUGGAUGGCCCCAGAAGUGAUUCUAGCCAUGGAUGAGGGGCAGUAUGACGGGAAGGUGGACGUCUGGUCUCUUGGCAUCACCUGCAUUGAACUAGCUGAAAGGAAGCCACCCUUGUUCAAUAUGAAUGCUAUGAGUGCCUUAUACCACAUUGCGCAAAAUGAAAGCCCUGUCCUGGCAUCAAACCACUGGUCAGACUACUUCCGUAACUUUGUGGACUCUUGUCUUCAAAAGAUCCCUCAGGACAGGCCUACCUCAGAUGUGCUGCUCAAUCACCAUUUCCUUUGCCGAGAGCGCCCCCAUUCUGUAGUGAUGGAUCUGAUUACGCGCACCAAAGACGCUGUGCGAGAGUUGGACAACCUGCAGUACAGGAAGAUGAAGAAGAUCCUGUUUCAGGAAACUCUCAAUGGCCCCACACAGGAAGGAGGAGAGGAGGAAGAGGAAGCAGAGCAGUACCUCUUGCAGACGGGCACGGUGAACAGUAUGGAGAGCUCUCAGUCUGUGCCCUCUAUGUCCAUCAGUGCCAGCUCCCAGAGCUCCUCUGUCAACAGCUUGGCCGAUGGCUCCGAUGACAGUGCUGAGAUGGCCAUGAUGCAGGAGGGAGAGCAGACAGUCACGUCUAACAGCUCCAUCAUUCACCGCCCCUCUGCACGUGAUAAUAUUUAUGACGACCCAUAUCAGCCGGAGAUGGAGUCUCCGCAGCAGCCGUCGUCGGCCGCUCGGAGGAGGGUGCACCGAAACCGAGACCAUUUCGCCACCAUCCGCACAGCCUCUCUUGUGACCCGUCAGAUUCAGGAGCAUGAACAGGGCUCAGCUCUGAGGGAGCAGAUGUCCGGAUACAAGCGCAUGAGGAGGCAGCACCAGAAACAACUGCUGGCUCUGGAGAACAAACUCAAGUCUGAGAUGGACGAACAUCAGCUCAGACUGGACAAAGAGCUGGAGACCCAAAGGAACAACUUUAGCAGUGAAGCCGACAAGUUGAGUAAGAAACAUCAGGCCAUCCUGGAAAAAGAGAUUAAAGCUGCGCAGGCAGAAGAGAAAAAAUUUCAACAGCACAUACUGAACCAGCAGAAGAAAGAACUCAACAGUCUGCUGGAUUCCCAGAAACGCCAGUACAGGCAACGCAAGGAGCAGCUCAAGGAGGAGCUGAGUGAGAACCAGUCUACUCCGAAGCGAGAGAAGCAGGAAUGGUUGGUGAGGCAGAAAGAGUGUCUGCAGCAGAUCCAGGCUGAGGAAGAGGCUUCGUUAUUACGGCGACAGAGGCAGUAUUACGAGCUGCAGUGCCGACAAUAUAAGAGAAAGAUGCUGCUCGCGAGACACAAUCUAGAGCAGGACCUGCUCAGAGAGGACUUGAAUAAACGUCAGACUCAGAAGGAUCUCGAGUGUGCUAUGUUGUUGAGACAUCACGAGUCCACUCAAGAGCUGGAGUUCAGGCAGCUGGGGCUGGUCCAGCGCACUCGGGCCGACUUGAUCCGAACGCAGCACCAGAGUGAGCUGGCCAAUCAGAUGGAGUAUAAUAAGCGGCGUGAGCAGGAACUCCGUCAGAAACACGCUGUGGAGGUCCGCCAGCAACCCAAGAGCUUAAAGACGAAAGAGCUCCAGAUCAAACGUCAGUUCCAAGACACCUGUAAGAUUCAGACACGCCAAUACAAAGCCCUGCGCAACCACCUGCUGGAGACUACGCCCAAAUCAGAGCAUAAAACCGUACUGAAGAGACUCAAAGAGGAGCAAACACGUAAACUGGCCAUCUUGGCCGAGCAGUACGACCAUUCCAUCAAAGACAUGCUGUCCACACAGGCUGUGAGUAAGUUGCGAUUGGAUGAGACUCAGGAGGACGAGUACCGAGCACUGCGCAUGCAGCUGCAGCAGGAAUUGGAGCUGCUGAACGCCUAUCAGAGCAAAAUAAAGAUGCACACAGACACGCAACAUGAGAGAGAGGUCAAAGACCUGGAGCAGAGGGUGUCUAUACGGAGAGCUCUCCUUGAGCAGAGGAUCGAGGAGGAGAUGUUGUCCCUGCAGAAUGAGCGCUCUGAGCGAAUCCGGGCUCUGCUCGAGCACCAAGCUCGAGAAAUUGAGUCCUUCGACUCAGAAAGCAUGCGCCUGGGCUUUAGUAACAUGGCUUUGAGCGGCAUCCCUGCUGAGGCUUACAAUCAGGGUUACCCCAACCCUCCCUCAUCCGGACCCGGGGGCUGGCCGUCCCGUCCCGUGCCCCGCUCAGGCAGCCAGUGGAGCCAUGGCGUCCAAAACUCAGCGGCGCCGCCUUCUUGGCGCAGUCAAAACAGUACAGCCGGCUUCAGCCAAGGGGAGCAAAUCUCCAGCCGAGAGAGAGAUCGAGAGAGGGAUUUAGACGGCAUGGGCGCCCGUGGCUUUCCAAGCUCUCGCUCCUCCGCCUCGUCAGCAUCGUCUUCGUCCUCGCACCAUCACCUCCGCUACAUCCCGCAGCAGUACCACCACCAUAGCACUCCACACCUGUACCGCGACAGCCGAGAGAGGGAGUGGGGUGGAGGCAGUGGGGGAGGAGGAGGAGGCCACCACCAUCACCACUCAUCUUCAUCCUCCUCUCAUGGCCACUCGCACCACAUUUCUUCCCAUGCCUCUUCCCAGUCCCUUGCUCUCCUCCCUCCACCACCUCCUCCUCCGCCCAUCUCCCUUUCCUCAUCUUCUCCUCCUUCCUCCUCCUCCUCUUCUUCCUCUCAGAGUGGCUACGGAGGAAGGGGCGAGAGCUUGGCUGUGAGGGGCCCCAGCCUGAUGGCUUUGAGAAACAGUCCAGGGCCACUUCGGAGAACAGCCUCGGGCGGAGGUGCCGCAGGUUCGGGCGCAGAUGGAGGUUUGAGCCGAAGUACGUCGGUGACGUCGCACAUCUCCAACGGAUCCCACCUCUCCUACUCGUAGAGGGUCAGACAGGAAGUUCAGAUGGUGCAGGUGAACGUUUUGGGGAGAAAAAGCCUUCACGUAGCUCAUUUAGGAGUCAAACUGGGAGGUGGAGUGGAGAAACAGUAUUUAGAUGGGCACACCUUUACUUAAAAGAAGAUAGAUCUCAGGGUUUUGGGAUGCGGGAGGGCUCAGGGUUUAGAUCAGGAACAGGAAAGACGAGAGAUGUACUGUAACAGGAGCAGAAAGCUAUGCUGUCGAGUGUGUGGGAGGGAAGAGAUGAAAAUAACAAGUGGUGCCAAUACUGUAGAUUGGGCUCAUCCUCAGCCGGUUCAUUUUAGUUUAGUUUUAUUUUUAAACCGUCAGACAGAACCAUUGAAUUCUGCUCUUUCAUGUCCAGGUAUUUUUUUGCACGUCUAAAGGUUUAAGAUUUGAACAUAUUAGAAGACUUUUCCAAGAUAUUAUUUUAUACUUAAUCCUGGAUCAUAUUAAGCUGAAUUCGUCUAGUGCAAUUCAAUUAAAGACUGGGUUUAUUUUUAAAGGGAUAGUUUGCCAAAAGUGAAAAAUCUGUCAUUUAUCUCACUCUCACGUUGUUACAAGCCCUACAUAUUGUUGUUUUUUCAUACAACGCAAAAGGAGGAUUUUAAAGCAGCCCUUUUCUACGCAACAAGUUCUGUUAAGAUCCAAAAUAGACCAAAAACACCAUAGAAGUAGUUCAUUGGAAUUUUGUGCUAUAUUCAGAGUUCUGAAGUUGUCCACCUGCUUUGUUUGAGCAAAUUGAAAAUUCAUUACAAAUAGUACAUUCAUGCAUUAAUCUUUUUGCAGAACCAAACAUGCAACUGUGAACAUAUGUUACAUGGAAAAGAGCUGCAUUAAGAGAUUUUUCAUAAUUUAUUCACCUGCAUGUCCUUCCAAAAUUUUGACUAUUCUUUCUGUGGAACAUGCAAGAUAUUUUUUGAAAUUUGUUCAUGCAUAGUUAGUCAGUGGUAACCAGUAUUCUUCGAAUAAUGUAAGUCUGUAGGUUUUCAUUUUUAGGUGAACUCGCUCUUUCUCUUUUGUGUUUCGCAGAUGAAAUAAUAACAGCAUACAGGUUUGAAAUGACACAAGGGUGGGUGUACAAUGGCAGAAUUAUUCAUUGACUCUGUCUGAUGAGUGCAACUUGAUUUUGAGCCAGAGGAUGACGAGUCCUACUCAUGUCAGUUUUACUGCUAACGGGAGCAGAGCGAGCGAGUCGGAUGCAAUAGAAGGUGCUGUAGCAUGUUUCAGGGAGAAGAGGCGUAAACUGAGGAACUAAAAGGGUGAUUAAACUGAUUUUUGUGUAAUUAUGUAGAUAGCACUAAAACAAUACUAAAAGAUGUCUGUCAGUGAUGGUUUUUAAACUGUACAUUUGUAUGAGUCAAGGACAGGAGGCAGUUUUUGUUUUUUUAUGUUGAAUUGAUUUUUGUAUUCUGUAUUCUUUUGUUUAUUUUUUUUUAAACGAUGCCACAUGUCAUACUGCCAUCUAGAGGCUCAGCUGACCUAAAGCAACUCCGCCCACUGUCCUUAUAAGGGCAAGCUGCCAUUUAAGUUGCAGUUGGUUUUUACUGGGCUGUAAUUCAGUGUCUGUUUUUAGCGUAGGCGUGAUAAAAUUACUUUUAAAAAGAGAUUGAACCUGGCUGGGUUAAUAAGCCAUUUCCUUGAUUGUGUAAAUAUGAUGUACAUGUCCAAAAAAGGAGCUGGGUUACAAGUUUCCGUGCAUGAGACUGAUGUACAGAGACCAUUUGUAUACAAACAUACACAACAGACGUUUAUAUAUGACUUUGAGUAUAUAUGUGUAUAAUACAUCACCUGUCAAAGGUUUGACAGCGAAAGUCGUAAGAUUGUUUCCUGUUCAACACUUUUGAUCUAUAUUGUACUUAUACAACAUGUGUAUAUACAAGCACUAACUCUUAUAUAGGGUAAUAAUAAUUUUGCUAUGUGAGACGGAAAAAAUAGAAACUGUCAUUAUUGUUACACCUACUACUGCCGCUGUAAUAUUUGUGUUGUACACUAAUUUUUUUUGUUACUUUUUUUUUUUUUUUUUUUUUUUU